GCGGCUCUCAAAAGCGUUCCUAAUCUCAAGUUUUAUUCUGACUGGUGCGGACAUUGUCGCUCAUUCGCCCCGCUGUACAAGGCUCUAGCCAACGACGUAAAGGGAUGGCAGGAAGUAGUGAAGAUAGCGGCCAUCAACUGCGCUGAUUCUGUGAAUCAUAUGACGUGUCAGGACAACGGUGUGCAGUUUUUCCCUUACAUCAAGUACUUCCCACGAAACUCUAGUGAUGCCUUUGGUGGAUCGAAGCUGCGGCCGUAUCAGUCUAUGGCUGAAAUGAGAGAUCAGUUGACGAAGGUUGUCAUGGAUGACUACGCCGUUAAUCGUUUCAGCGAUUGGCCAAUCUUCGAUUAUCUUGGAGACGUCGUAACUUACGGCGAACUCUGGCAGGGCGCUCCUCCGAGCACUCAGCACAUGGCCGUUAUUUUCGAAAACCAUCAGUCCAGCCUAACGGGAGCUCAGCUCUUACUAGAUCUGCACCAACACAGAAAACGUCUCUUAGUGCGUCGCUGCCUCAGGAAUCACCCCUUGGCGGACGCUCUUCACCUUACCGAUUUUCCGUCUCUAGCGAUCUUCAAAAGAGGCGAGAAAAAGCCCGUCGUAGUCGCUGAGCUUCGCAGGCUGUUGCUGACUGAACUGGAAAAUUUCCUCAAGGAUUCUUCACAGCAAGCCGUUCAGUUCCACUCCCGCAAAAACAGAACACAGUCUUGCGAUAGUGAUCCUGAGAAAUGUCGUGCUCUUUACUACGUCUCUGAAGUGGACAUGCUCAAAGCAGUGCGAUAUGCUUUGUUUCGAGAGACAUCACGCACGAAUGCUCCGCUAACCGGUCACAACCUCACUGCACUCCAUGCUUUUGUCAAUCUUCUGGCCGAUUACUUUCCCGUCACUACUUCUUACGGCAACAAUUCUGUCCUCGAUCGUUCCACCAGGGCUGUCAAAGUAUUUGCACGACUUCGAGAUUAUCUCGAAAAUCGUGGACUAGACGCUACGAUCACCCCUGAUGAAUGGCAGAGGCAGUUUAUCACAGCUGAGAAAACUGAGGGGGACCCAUUUGCUGUGAGUUCUGACUGGGAGCACUGCAAAGGUUCUACUGGCCAGUUUCGAGGAUACACUUGUGGAUUGUGGAUCACCUUCCAUGCCUUGACCGUUUCUGCGUACAAACAAGCCGAGGAGCGGUGUGAGUGA